AUGGGUAGUUUUCCGCAGUUUGGAGCUUUUGUUCUUCGAGCACAAGAAAAAACCGGAAGAACUUGCAUCAAUGGCUUGCCAGUGGCAUCUCCUGCGAAACAAAUGCUCGGAAGGUUUCCAUACUUGCAGUCCAUUCGACAUGACAAUCUCGCAGUUUACUUGCACUUUUCUGAGACCGUUAUUGCACGAGAUUUGGUUAUUGUCGUAAUGGAACAUCAUUCGAGUACACUGGCAGAAUCACUGAAAGCAGGAGAAAUAAAAGAAGACGCCGUGAAAAGUGUUCUAUAUUCCGAAAUCUGCGCAGCAAUGGAAGUUCUACAUCGGAAUAAUGUGAUACAUGGAUUUUUGGAUAUCGAUUCCAUCGUUACAAUAAGAAAAGAUAAUAACGACAUAUCUACAAAACUAUCAGGAUACGGAUUACCUUUUCUAACGAAUUACGGAAAAGAUAUCGCUUCUUUCAUGAAGUUCGGCUUCUUCUUAGCCCCAGAGAGAAUUUUGAAUGAAGAGGAAUCACUGUUUGCAGCCACUUAUCAAUCAGAUGUCUGGGAAUUAGGAUUCGUUCUCCUUCAAAUUUAUUUAGUGAGUUUUAUUCAACUUUCAGAGCCGAACACACUAUUUUUUCAGGGAAUUGUAUUAGAACCUGAUAUGAGCGAAUCAGAGUACCUUGAGAUAUUAAACAAGAAUUUUUCUUUCGAAUCUGACAAGGAUAACAGUGUCAUGGAAGAUAUCAUUCAACUGUUAACAAAUAAGAAACGACUUCCAUAUCACAAAAAGUGCGAAUGGCUGGAAGAAAUAAUUACGAAGUGUCUCCGGAUGGAUUGGGAGAGUCGUCCAUCAAUUAACGAGGUUAUCGAAAAGAUUAAUGAACAAAUUCCGAAAUUAACAAAGCGAUCAAUCUAUGAUGUGAUGACUGCAGAAGAUAUGCGUGCCAAAGUAAAAACGGAAAUGGCGAAAGACAGGGAUGGAUUUGAAAAAUUAUCUCUUGAAAACGCCUUCUAUCUAUGGAAAACUUGUGGUUCUUCACCAGAAAUUAUCCUUCUCAAGAAAGGAAUCAUCCAAAAUCAUGCACCUAUUUCCUCAUAUCCAAUUGUCCGAUUUGAUGAUUUUAAUCAAGUGGAUCAAGGUGUUGAAAGUCAGUCGACGUUCGAGUACGGUGUAUUUGAGUUACCUAAGAAGAAAACGUUAGCUCGAAUAGAAAAAGGACAAAAAGUUUCGGCAAGAAUGUUUCAUAAAAUCGGAAUAACGAAGAAUUACGAUCAUUUGAAAGAGAACAUUUUAUAUGAAACAGCCUCCAACAUGCUCACAAUUGAUCAUCUUCUCAAUGCAUCUGCUGUAUUUGGAGUGUCCUCAAUUGUGUCUCGUCUUUCUAAAAUAGGGGUCAUAUCCACUCAACGAUCUGAUGGUAUUGGUCACACAGAAUCUAUUUUUAUAAUCGUUUUUCUUUUAGUUUGGUGCACGCUUUUGGAUAUAGAUGAGACCAAAUGGAGCACCUAUUUGAAUCUAGAUCUCCUCGCACCUCACUCCAGUGAUCGACAACUUGAAGUAGAUAUUCCACGUUGUCAUCAAUACGAUAGUUUCAUGACGACUCCAGCAGUACAAGAGUCAUUGCGAAAAGUAUUGAAGGGAUGGCAAAUAAUAACAGAAUCUGAUAAUUAUGUAUACUGGCAAGGGUGUGAUAGUUUGGCAACUCCAUUUUUAUUGGCAAAUAUGAGCAAGCCUUAUGUUGCAUAUGCUUGUUUCAAAGAAUUCACUCACAGAUAUUGUUACAAGUUUUAUUUGAAAGAUAAUUCAGAAGUAAUCAAAGAAUAUCUCGGAAUCUUCUAUCACCUCGUCGCUUACAUCGACCCAGUCCUGUACAAACACCUCAAGAACAAUGGUUUCGAUGCAGAAUUGUUUGCAAUCCCAUGGUUUCUCACUUGCUUCGCUCAUGAACUUCCUCUCUCUAAGCUGGUCCGCCUAUGGGAUGAAACGAUGAUUCAUGGGAAUUCGUUCCCAUUAAUGAUAGCACUGGCAAUGUUAAAUCGUCUUCGAGACAAAUUAUUAUCCGUCAACUUCAAUGAGAUGAUUAUAAUUAUUCAUGAUCAACCUGAUUUAUCCAUCGAGGAGAUCAUUAAAAACGCGAAAGGUUACGAGACGAUCAUUCCUCCGAGCUGUACAUUCAGGGCUCAUGCGAGUCCGUGGAAAGAUUCUUCCAGAAAAUUACGCAGGCGACGUGCAUCGUUUACCGAACUCGAUGAACGGUUUAUCGUUGGGCGAGCUUUCACAGCUACAUUGUCCACGAUUGUCAACAGAAGAAUUACUUUGGCGGAUAGAACGGAACUUGAUUUAUCUAAUCGACACUCGUACCAAAGUGAGCACUUCUCCAACUCGUUUAAUCAUCCUUCCAAUGGUCUUGUGGCAGACAUCGACUGGCUUCGAUUUCUACCGGGGAUUGUUAACUCUGAACUUCCAAAAUGUUUCAUUUAUGGGAAGAAUGAUAAAGAAGCGACUGAGGCGCUAGCAGGUGCCUAUGUGAUGAAGGGUGUUCCAUACGUGUGCGUACUUCAUGAAUCCUACGAAUCGAUAAAAGACAAAAGUACCCUCAUUGUCAAGACAUAA